AUGUCGCGUCUCUGGAGGGUGGAGUACACGCGUCCGGUCGUGUCGACUGCCGCCUGCCAACCGGACGGUCAGUUCGUCUACUAUCGACCGGUUGUCGGACCGGCCGACUCCACUUCGGACGCUCCGAGUCUGUUGCCAAGCGACUUGGACGUAGAGGGGAUGGCGGCUUUCUGUUUCGGCCAAAUGGAACGAUUGGUCGGACGCACUUCUCGCCUCGAGACGCAUCCCACCAGCCUCCUUUCCACGGACCAACCGCACUCGCCGGCACUUCUCCCUCCGCCGCCUCUUGCUCCACUCACCCCUUCGUCUCCCCUCCCUCCCCUCCCUUCCCUCCCUCAGCUCGUGCCUCCUUCACACACUACCUCCCCUUUUGGCCAUUCUCACCCCUCGGCCUUGCUGCAACCAACACCUCCACUCUCCCCCUCCACGCUCCUUCCGCUACUGCCACAACACACACAACAACAACAGCAACAACAACAACAGCCACAACAACAACAGCCACAACAACAACAACAACCCGCGCGUCAGGAGCUCAUGAUGCCCAGUCAGUCCUGUUUUGGACACAACAACUCCGUCCAAGUUGAGCACUCGGUCCACCUCUUGUGCCAGCUUCGUCAGGCUCUGUUUGCCUUCGAGGCCCUGACAAGACAGCCUUACAAUUGUACACUACACCCGGUUCACUUGGAGCAUCCUCCCAUCUCUGCACACGCCAAUCGCCCCGCCGAGACCGGCCGAGCAUUCAGCCUCUCGAGCAUUUCAACCCUCGCCACUUCACUUGCACCAUUCAUCAAGUCUCAUCCGAGGGUUGGAAGCUGCAUUUCCCGGAAUGCCUUCACCGGACCUUGGCCCUGUACUGUGACGCUAAUUUUCACCUAUUUUCACAACUUUCCUUCAUUAAGUGCCUUGUAUCUUUGUACUUCUUUUGCACGCAUGCCGAGGUUGCUGCGCAUGCGAUCGCACCACUUGAGGAACAAGUUAAUUUACACCUCAACAAUAUGCAUUCUAACUUCGACCUGA